AACUAAUUCUCAUAAUUGCUUCCUAGCUCACUGCCAUGGCAAUCCCCACUCGAUCAAUGUUCACCCUUCCUUUCACUCAUCACAAAACAGGGUUCACUCAUGUGUUUCUACAAUGUGGCUCGACCUCCAACUGCACCCAACAUAGCUAAUCUACUCGUACGUUCACACAUGGAUAUUCCCAGCUUCGUACAGCUAAGGAGACUCACAGCAUCCACAACACAACCGGAGCCCAAAUGACCGGCAAUAUCGUGAUUGUCGUCAUCCUCCUCACACUCAUCCUCACCAUCAUCAUCGGCGCCUACCUCUUCAGUGUCUGGUGGUCCCGACAUUUCCGUGACCGGUCAGUGCGACGCCGCGAAGACGGGCACCGACUCGUCACUCUCACCCGUUCCAACGUCCGAGCAGCCGACGAGAAUCGCUGGGUCGAGGUGCGAGUCCGAGAGCCCGGUAGACGCACCUCAAAGCAGACGAAACCCCCGCAGCAGGCUACACAGAAUCCUGCCUCAUGGCCUCAACACGAGCGCGUCGAGCAGCAUCAGCAUCAUCAGCAGACGCAGCAGCCCGUACCAGAGCGCAGGGUGGAAUCUCGCAACAACAAUGACACUCACUGGCUUGCGUACGCCAAUGGCAAUAAUGAUGAACAGGAUAAUCAACCUCCGGCUACUUUCCACCCUUCCCCCGCUGCUGCUCCUGCGUCACCCCAGCAUGGAAACAAUUGGGAACAAGAGCCGUGGCCUACUUCCCCCGCACAAGAUCCGAACCGGACACAGAAGGUGGAGGAUCUGAGAAGUUCGCUGCAGCAGGUGUUUGCAGAAAAUAGGAAUUCGAAAGCUGGGAGUAAGGCUGGUUCGAAAAACGAAUGGCCAGGCUACGGUGACAACAUCAACAAACACGACAAUAACAACAACUACUACUACGGCGGCAACAAUGAUAACACGGCUAAUGAUGAUGCGGGGCAGUGGUGA